UAUGGCCCAACCUCGUAGUUAUCCAGCACAGUUGUUCCCAUUGCUUCAAUCGACAUGGCUUACUUCCAGUUCCUCAGCGCUGCCUCCAGCCUGCUUCUGCUCCUGGCUCCCGCCUGGGCGGGAUUGAUUGCCCAGCCGACCAUCAGCUAUGCUGGCGACGAGCACGCGGUGGCCCACACCCAGCAGAAUGUCGUUAGGAGCUUCGAUGGCACCGUCUCCCACUACGCCAAGUCGCUGGCCACGCCCUACUCGCAGGUCCACAAGCAGGACACCCGGAUCAGCAACAAUGUCUAUCAGCCGGCGCUGGCCAAGACCUUCAGCUAUGCCCCAGCUCCAGCUCCAGUUUCGGUCUCGGUUCCGGCUCCGGUUUACGCCCCACAGGCUCAUGACCAGGAACCAGCCCAACUGUUUACCCAGGCCUCGCCCGUUUACCAUCAGCCCGCCCAAGUCCAGGCUCCAUCGGUUUACCAUCAGGCUGCCCAAGUCCAGACUCCAUCAGUUUACCAUCAGACCGCCCAUGUCCAGACUCCAUCGGUGUACCAUCAGCCCGCUCAGGUGCAGACUCCAUCGGUUUACCACCAGCCCGCUCAGGUGCAGAGCUACCACCAACCUGGUCAUGUGGAGGCACCCUCUGCGUACCACCAGAACGCCCACUACAGCCACCAGCCGGCUGUCAUCCACUAUUCGCCGGCGGAGACCGUCUCCCACAUGAGCUUCGAUGGCUUCGGCACCCACUACGGAUUUUAGGUGCUCAUUACUUAAGUUAAGGUUAUGCAAUAUAGCUCGUUAAAUAUAUGCUUGUUAAGUAAAUUGAUGAACUAAAGAUGCAAGUGAAUUUUAAUACGAAUUUCAA